AUGGAACACUUUAUUCGUCCUCUUUUCAUCUUGGGUCUCUUAACUUUUCUUAUUUCAUGCGCCCUUGCCGCCUGUGACUACACUAAUCCUUAUGGCUGUGUGUGCCCUAUGGCUCCCUAUUAUACUGGUGGUGGUCUCACCUGUGGCGGUGAAUUGAGUAAGGGACAGUAUUGCUCUAAUGUUGGUGACAUUUCUUAUGGUCAUAGCGAUAUUUGGCAGUGCGCUCCCAACGGUACCAGUAUUUGCAGGUUAGGACCUUGCACGUAUGGUUGCUGUGGAACCUCUGAUGGAAAUAGCUUUUGCUGUGCUGAUGCUCAGUGCACUGGAUGUCUUGAUAAGCAUGCCAGCGCUAGGUGGUAUUUUUUUGGAAACGGUUGUGAUUGUUUUAAGGAUAAUAGUAAUGGCUGCCAAACUGGUACAUGUACCGGUAGUGGUACAUGCCCUUGUUAG